AUGACACUGAUAAAACUAGAAUGCCUGGAUACAAUAUUGAUCGAAUCGGAAAGGGAUGUCAUGCAAUGUUGUAUAUGUCAGGACAUACUCCGGGACCCAGUGGUGGCCCCCUGUUGUCGGCAAAUAGUUCUCGAAAAUAUGUUAAUGAACUUUAAAAUUACGUGCGAUUAUAAGGAUAACGGGUGUAAUGAAGUGCUCAAAUUAGACCAAUUGAGCAAGCACAUAAUUAAUUGUCAAUAUAAGAUUUGUGAGAGAUGUGACUGCGUUAAACAGCCUAACCACGACUUGUACUGAGACACAAUUAUUUGACUCAGCAAGGGAACACAUAACAAGCAUUGAAGUAAUUCGAAAUCGUAAAUUUUACUACCAUGAAACGGAAAGAAUAAAAGACUGCACAUUUACUGAGAUCUUGGCAAAUAGCUCGCUGC